GAAAAGACAGGAAUAGACGCAAAGAUGAUGAGUCUGACUUACGGUGGCAAGACACUUGAUGAUACAGGUGAAGCCUCUUUAAGCAGCCUCGGAAUUUCUCAUGGCAGUAGCGUCUUCAUAGUGCUGCGUUUACAUGGUGGUGGCUUACCGGGUGAUAUUGAUCCCAGCGGAUUUGAUCCCUCAUAUGAUUUUGAUUUCAGUGAUGUCAAAGAUGACGGUGCGAAAUACACGAGAGGAGGGCAUCAAUAUCACCGACCGUACGGUUGGAAAAGGAUAGCGAUCAAAGUUCGCGGGAAAUACGGAGGAGGCGACGAAUGGCUUGGUCCAGACGGCAUACGCACCGAAGAAUCCCCAAACGAAUGGGCGGUUUCGUAUCAGGGCACGAAUGUCUCCAACGCCCGGAAGAUAGUCGAAGAAGGCUUUAAACCUGGUCCCAGAGCAAAGUUUGGUCCAGGCGUCUACAGCAGCCCUAGUCUGGAAAUGGUUGAAAAGAUGUAUGCACAGUCAUUCUUUUUUGGCCGUAAAGAGUACAAAAUUGCCCUUCAGAAUCGUGUAAAUCCUAAGCGCACCCAAAUCAUCCCUGCUUCAGAAACAGAAGUUGGAGCGGACUACUGGCUCACACAGAAAGAUGAUAUUCGUCCCUAUGGUGUACUUAUUAAAAAAAUUAAAGAAGUCUGAGAACUGAAAGAAGAUAAUUGUAAGCUUACUUAGACCAUUCCAAAGCUUAUAAGAUGUUUUUUUAUCUCGUGACUCUCAAGCAAGUUUACUGAAUCGUAUUUGCUAGUAGCUUGAAUGCUUUAUGGAUAAAGUUUUCUUUCAAUUUCAACUUUGUUGUUCGCGGGUUGAUUGUUUACCCUUCACUUGGGAGAAAAUUGUUAGUAUUUAAAAUAUAGUAUGAAAUCAUAUAAAACUAGAAGCCAAAGUGGCCAUCAUUUGGGCUCGCCUCUGGGGACUGUUUAGCUUUCGUAGCAAGUCACAUAGAGAGACCGUAAAACACCUCGCGGAUUACUUUAGUUCUUUCCAUCGUUGCACGUGAACUUUUAUCAUAAAAAUUCUUUAAGAGUUUAUUCUAAGCACCGUUUAACGUAAACAAUUCGAGUUUAGGGGCAAGAAAAUAUGAGCUGGGGGAGCAAUAAAAAUCAUUAGCUGAUUUACUUGAUGAAAUCGGAUCCAUGUGUUACUUUCGCAAAUAUUCCUGAAAUCGCCAGGGGUCGGGUUAAACGCUGCAAGUUACUGGAAGGAAAUAUCAUGAUGGCAAGAGGGUGUUUCGACAACCAAAUUUUGGAGCGAGAUCAUUGCUUUCAUCAGCCUUUUUUGAGGCAUCAAAUACUCGGACACUCAUUUGCGUGUCAUUUAAUAAGAAGAGCAUCUGUUGCGUUAUGCCUCGUUCCUCAAAGCCUCCCGAAACAUAUAAGUAAGGUGGACCAAAGUGGCCUGGUAUUUCGAUGUAGCUCGAUAGAUUUUUAUAGGAUAUGUUGAUACGAGGGACGCGUGAGUUUUUUUAGCAAUAUUUCGAGACCAUUACCCAAGGCCAAUUUCACAAUCAACCCUACGCUAGGAGGGAAAUUUAUCGGUAGAUGCUUGUUAUAUACAGAUUUCAUGGUUAUUCAAACAUUGUUAAAAUCCAGUUUUGAAAACAGCGGCCAAAAAGUGAUCAGAUCUCUCCAUCGCUUACCUUGAUUGACGUAAAUGUUUGUCAUCCAACGUUAGCUUCAGAGGCAUAUUGCUGUAACGUUCUAGCCGAAUAAACUUGAGCACCAGUAUGCUUAAUUGUUUAUCUAGUCAUGUUAAGUCGAGCUGAUACUGGUUUGUAAACAGAAUAGGAUGCAAAUAAACUGAGUAUUCAAGACUGUUAAGCAUUUAAAUUGAGCCAACGAUAAGCAGGUGUAGUUAAGAUAAGCUGUCAAUAAAACUUUGUGUUGCAGACUA